AUGCUUAAUACCCGCGUUCUCAACACUGCACCGGCUCUGAAGUCCCCAAGGCCAAGUUGUUCUGAUGAGCAGCAGCAGGAGCAGCGAGACCCGCAGCAGCAGCAGCAGCAGCAGCAGGGCUUGCCAUCACCAAGUGAAGGUUUGCUGCACCAGAUGCGUAGAACAAAACGCUUGCUUGCGAUGCAGCCUAUUGCUGCUAAUCUUGCUGAGGUAGUGAGCACAGAUGUUGCUUUCUCUUCUUUUUUUAAUUACAGAACAGCUCUAGGAGAAGCAGAACAAGUUGCUUUGCGGCUGUCUCCUUGCCCUUCAGGGCCUUCAUGUGAAGUUUCAGCAUUAAAGGAGGCUGUUGAUAGAGGGAUUGCUUCUUUAUCUCAAUUGUACGAAGCAGCAAGAGGUUGUGGGGUGUCUUUAUCGCAGCAGGUGCAGCAGCAGCUACAGCAGCUGCUGCCUGCUGCCUUCACCAGUAAGGAAAUGAACGCCAUAGAACAGGGGCUGGGGUCUCCUGCUGCAGAAUUGCUUCAAUUUUAUAUUGAGAGUCUCGUUGUUUCUUCAGAAGCAAUAGCAGCGUUUACAGAGGAGGCAGCAGCACAACUAAAGCAUAUGCCUGAGCUGGCAGAUGCACAGGCAGACAAGCAGCUAGCUGCUGCUGCUGCUAAUGUUGAGUUUGUUGCAGCAGCAACAGCAGCAACCAGCCGUCUAAGAAGGGUUAUCAGUAGCUUGAAGACUGCAGCUGCUGCAGCACUGCAGCAGCAAGCAGUCAGCUUUCAUCAGGGUUUGUCUACGAACUGUAGCGACGUCCUGGAGCAGCAGCAGGCGAUGUGCACGCUAGAGAAGCAUCGGCAACAGCAGCAGCAGCAGCAGCAGCAGAAGCAAAUGCUAUACGAGGGCAACACAAGUGUAGGUACACUUGAACAAACAGAAGAAGUUUUAAAGAAAGGGGAAGAGCUGCUGCUGAAGCACCGUGAGGCAGUUGAGAGCAUACAGCAGCAAAACUCAAUCCUCUCUGUGCAUGAGGCUGACGAGAAGGCAAGAGCUAUUGGCGAGGAUCUGAAAUCUUUGCUGAUGGCGACGGCCUUGCGUUUGAAGCCGAUCGCCGGAGGCAGCGCAGCAGCAGCAGCAGCUGCUGCUGCUGCUGCUGCUACUGCAGAUAGAGAGAAGGGGCAGCAGCGGGCAGCCAGGGCGCAUCAGGAAACAGCAGCAGCACAAGGUGGCAGAGGACCCGUUUUCACGGAGGUUGCUGUCCGCAGCGUUGCAGGAGGUGGAUCAGGUCAGAGCAGCUUUGCGUCAGCUGACAUCAGCAGCAGCAGCAGCACGGAAAGCAUGGCAGAAGAAGUUGCUGCUGAAGCAAGAAGUGCAUGCAUGGCUGCUGAAGCCCUAAAAGGAGAAGCAGAGAGACUUUAUUUGCGCAGGCGUAUCCUUUGGGCGGUGGAGUACGAUAUGGAGCUCAGUAUAAGCCUAGCAGAGAGAGCAGCAGCAGCAGCUGCAGCAGCAGCAGCAGCAGCAGCAGCAGGGGGAGAGGGAGAGCGUGUGGCAGGAGCAGCAGCACUGCAGCUGCAGCAGCAGACGCUACUGCGACAGCAGCUGCAGCUGCAGAAGCCGCCACAGCAGCAGCAGCAGGAGCAGCAGGACUGGGGUGCGUCUCUGCCUCCGCAGCAAGCUGCUGAGUUUAAAAUGCUGCUGGAGAAGGUAAACCGCUGCAAAGAAGAAGCUCAAACAAAGAAGAGCUUGAGAGAGUUAGGUGUUGUUGCAGCAACAAUGAAGGAAGCUGCAUUCGGUCUGACUUCUAUUAUUCAGCAGCAGGAGAUCAGAGGAAUGAAGCAUUGA